AUGGCGCUCGUCGCAUAUUCAGACUCUGAGGACUCGGAAGACGAAAAGCGUCAAUUUCAACCCAAGACCGACAAGCCGACAACGAAGCCCACAGCCACAUCGACCUCAAAUUUCACAGUCAGUAAGGCGAAUCCUCGAAAGAUCCAAGUCAAGCUUCACGAUGUGCCCACAAACGGCGAGACAGAUGGCGAGCCUGCACCGAAGCGACAACGGCUCGGCGGCGGCGGAGGUGCUUUCAGUGGGUUCAACGCAAUGUUGCCUCCUCCGAAGCGAGACUCCGACACCAAAACAGCUGCGAAGCCUUCGACGAGGAAGGUGUUCAGUCUGAAAACCGGUGCUGAGCCAGGCUUCAGUCGAGAGGCAGACGCCGAGUUACGGCAGUUGUUUGCUGAGCAAGGGCGGCAAGACACAAAGGGUGGAGUCGACGUGGAUGAGACGAUACCUUCGAUACCGAAGAGCACGAGCCCAACGGUAUCUACAACGACACAGAAGGCUUCCCAAGGGAAUACCUUUAUGUUCAAGCCGCUGUCCGUGGCGCGCAACCACAAGAAGCCCAAGCGGAAAGUCGAACCAUCAAAAUCUGCGAUAACACCAGCGCAGGAUGGGUCCCAAACUCCUAUUCCCUCUGAACCUGCAGCCUCAACCUCUCAGAAUCCCAAGCCAGUUGCCGCUCUGAAGAAGCCGAGCCUAUUCUCUAUGACCGACGAGCCGGAAGCAUCUGCUCAAUCUCAACCCGACGAUGAAGAUGAAAUCAUCGAAGUUUUAGACGAACCAUAUGAACGGAAUAGUCCUUUUUCACCCCUCGAAGAGCCACCCAAUGCGCCCGGAGCUUCUCAGCCUCAAUCGCUUGACGCCAUUGCCUCCGAUCUAAACCUAUCCAAAGCGGACCGCCGCCAACUUUUCGGACGGCGUGGACCUCAAGGUGGCGCAGUGAAUGUCGUAAACUUCAACACCGAUCAAGAGUACGCAGCGAAUGAAGCAUUCCGGGCGAGUGGAGAACAAGUGCAGCAUAACCCCGUGAGGGCAAUUGCCCCGGGAAAGCACAGUCUGAAGCAGCUUGUAAACGCGGCAACCGGGCAGAGAGACGCCCUGGAGGAGAGUUUCGCUACGGGACGGAAGAAUAAAAAGGAAGCGGGAAGCAAGUAUGGAUGGUAA